AUGGCGAGCACAUCCUCGAAGAUCAACGGAAACGGCGUACACUCAACGUCUUCGACUGCCAUGACGAUCAACAACAAGCGCAAACUACAGGAUGCCAUCCAAAGUCUCGACGAUGCUGUAAAUCCACGCGCAGAUACUGAUCGUUUGAACCCCCCCAAACGACAGCACAUGAUGCAUUCUUUCUACUCCACCCUCGCCAAAUACGGCGUCAACAAGGCCAAGCAGCCACAGCCAUCUUUCUCCAAUGGAGACUACCCCGUCGUCGACCCCGCCAUGGCACCCCAACUGGCCAAAUUACUCGCCCGUUCCCGAACCGCACAAUCCAACCCCUCUAAACUCCCAUACUUAUUCUCUUCAACAACCUCAAAUUCAUCUACCCCUACUAUCCUGCCUGCAUCCAACCCAAAUGCGAAAUACAGACCGUCGUCAAUUACCUCAUUCCUCGCCCGUCUGGGAACGUUCAAGCUGUCAACGUAUUCGAAUAAGCCACAAGUCAUCGAUGCGGUGGCGGCAAGUAAAUGUGGGUGGAUAAAUGAAGGGAAGGAUAGGUUAGUUUGUGGAGUCUGUGGAGUCGGCUGGGUUGUGGCAGGUAGGGAAGGAAUGAACAGGGAUGCUGCGAAUACCCUGGUAGAGAAGCAGAGGAUACAGCUGGUAGAAAUGCACAAAGAAGGAUGUCCGUGGAGGACGAGACAGUGUGAUCCCGAUAUCUAUCGUAUCCCAGUGUCUUCGCCGGCCGCCAUGGCAAGAGACAUCAAACUCAAAGCCAUCGCCCUCGACGCCGUUCUGCACGGUGUCGAAGUCAAACAUCCUCUUACAACAAAUCAAGUUAAAGCCUUCAAGAAGACGCUUUCUUCUGUACAACUUUCACAGUUACCCCCAGCUUUCGCGUCCGGUCCUGACGCUCACACGCAUGAUGACUCUACUGCUUCACAACCACAAUCAACACAGUCAUCACACCCACCGAACGACCCCUCCCUCUCAGCCCUUGUCACCGCCCUCUUCGGCUGGUCCCUCGCUCCUCCCCCACCUCCCACACCCCCAAGCCAUUCCCGGACAACCUCCUUCUCCCGUGCCCCAUCCCUCCCUGCCUCUCGCUCCCGUGCCUCCUCCGUCUCCCGCUCCAUCCCCUCCACACCCACACCCGUGCGCAAACCCUAUGUCUCCCUCUUCAGAACUCCCAAAAACGGGAACGGGACCAAGAACGCGGACGGCUCUUCGUCCCCCGAACCUGAUGCCAAUGGGUCACAGCCCUCUUCGCCAGGAUUCGUCCCUCCACCGAGCCCUACGCCCUCAGUUCCAUCCCUUUCGAGAGUCAACUCAAGACUAUCGCUGUCGACUCCCAGGAGGGCCGAGAGUCCUGCGCGCUCGGUUUUCGGUUCCAAUUCGAGGGAUAGGGAUAGUUCGUCCUCGUCCUCGUCACCCUUGUUGCAAUGUACGUUAUGUCAUCGACGGAUCGGGCUCUGGGCUAUCGGGUCCUCCGGGAGGAUAGAAGGAAACAGUCGCGCGUCCACGCCUAGUCCGUCGUUCGCGUCAGUGUCGACAUCAGCACCACCGGGCAUCACGAUGCCCUCCACGCCCGGACCUUCCUCAGGCUCAAUGGGGCCCCCGAUGUCGACAGCGGCGGGGACGAUGGGACCGAGACAACUUGAUCUAUUGAAGGAGCAUAGGCCGUAUUGUCCUUAUGUUGUGAAAUCGACCGUCGUUCCUUCGUUGCCGCUGCCCGUUCCUCCCCAGACCACUACUACUGCUACGCAAAAUGGGGACAAAGACAAAGUGGGAGAGGGAGAGGGACGUUCGAACUCUACGGGUGCGGCGGGGACGGCGGCAGGGGCGGUGGAGGGGUGGAAGGCGGUGUUGAUGAUUGUGUUGAGGUAUAGGAUGGAGGCGAGGAGGAGGGAGGGGCUGAUUAGGGCUGUGGACAGGAAGAUGGGUGUUCAUGGUGUUGACGGUGUCAACGGCAACGGCAAUGUUGCCGGGGCUAACGGGGCCCAGGACACGUCAGUGAAUGGGGAGGAGAGGACGGGUGGACCACUGGAUGUUGAUGUUGACGAGAUGGAAGAGAGUAUGGAGGAUGAUCCGGUAGAGGCUAUGAUGAGAGGUGUGAAGUCGAAAGGGGGCAAGGACUUGCUCAAAUACGUGAAGGGCCUGCUGGGAUGAGAGACAAGCAUCGUUUCGACCCAUUUUUCCUCCCCUCAUUUCUUGUGCUUUGGUAUCUAUCGGCAGGCAGCGUCAAAUCCUCAUCAUCAUUCGCUCUCACUGAAAGUUCCACCAUUGUUCCCCCAUCCCCAUCUACUGCCAUCAAUUCGAUACCUCACUAUCAUCCAUUUCUUGCUCCGCUCAUCUUUGCUGUAUAAUAUACUCAGAAGUCACCCUUGACCUUUCCGGGAUAGAACUCCAACGAAGGU